CCAUUUUGGCUCAAGCCGCGAUCUGUGGGUUGUCUGAUGCCUCGAGGGAAUCUCGGUCAUGGCGGAACAUUCCCCAAAGGUGGAGGCGCGCGCGCGGGCGAGCGAGAAUCUUGCGGCUCUUGGCUUCGAGGGCCUCCUGAUGGAGCUCGACUCGCUGAGGGCCCGCCUGCUUGACCAGCACAGGCGGGAGCUCGACGACCAGCGGCGCGAGAGCGAGGCGGUGAACGUCUCUGAGAAGUUGUCCGUGCUGGAGUCCGAGCAGUCUCGCUCGGAGGUGGUUGCCGAGCAGAGCUGCCUCCCCGAGGGCCCGGAGCAGGUGCCGACGUCGGGCCGCCUGUCGCUGGUCACGCCGGAGGCGAGCGAGUCGGCGGCCUCGAGCUGUCCAACUUUCAGCGUCUUGGAGAGCUGGGUGAGCGUGGUGCCGAUCUGCCACCUCGCCGACCCCCAGGAGGCCAGCCUGGAGCCGCGCAGGAUCACCUCGAGCUCAAGGACCUUUGAGGAGCUCACUGAUUGUGACGUGGUCGUGUUCAGGUCGUCAGGUUUCGUGUCAGAGUGGCUGAUGGUGCAUCCCUCGCGGUGGUUGGGGACACUUUGGAGCUUUCUGAGUCUUCUUCUGAUUGCAUACGACACGAUAACCGUGCCUCUGUACACUUUCUACAGCUUCAGCCGUGUCCCAGGUUUGAUCGUAUUCUUCGACUGGGUCGCUCGAUUUUUCUGGACCUUCGAUAUCCCGCUGUCGUUCGUGACUGGCUUCCACAAGGAGGGCUCUAUCGAGAUGAGGCCCAAGCUCGUCGCGUUGGCAUAUCUCCACUCUUGGUUUUGCUUCGACGUCCUGAUACUCAUGUCAGACUGGCUUGUGGUCUCACAGAAGGACAGCACCGCCCUCACGGCGAUACCAGUCAUGCGGGCACUGCGAUUUGUGCGCGUGCUUCGUCUGCUUAGACUUGGCCGACUCUCUCACAUGCUCAAUGAUAUGUUACAGUACGCCUCCGACGGGCUCACAAUUGUCGUCAACAUUUUGAUGUUGACUGCUGGGCUAUGCGUCGGCAUUCACAUCAUCGCGUGCAUUUGGUACGGCGUGGGCCAAGCCAGCAGCUCUGGAUGGGUUUCUAAUGAAGCGCUCAUGGAGUCUGCGGCGCUCUCCGAGCAGUACAUCUUCUCCGUGCACUGGGUGAUAACUCAACUGCACGGAACGAGCCUCACGCCCCCGCAGACCUUCCUCGAGAUCUCCUUUCAGGGCCUGGUGCUCCUGGGCGCCCACGCCUUUGUUGCAUUUUUCAUCGCCAACAUGACGCAGGCCAUGAUAUGUCUGACGGACACCCAGAACCUCCAGAUGCAGCAGGCGUCCAGGCGCUACCUGCGCCGCCGCCGCAUCUCCCCCACGCUCUCGUACCAGCUGCGGUUGCACUUCGGGAAGCCCACCGGGAGGGCCCUGCAGGACGUCAUGGACGUUGAGAACAAGAUGGUCCAGGCCCUCCCGCAGGUGCUUCAGCAGAAGCUUUACGAGGAGGUACGUUUUCCUCUGCUGAAGCUCGUGCCGCUAUUCAGGCGCGACGGCCUCUCGAAUGACCGGUUGCUGAGACAGCUCUGCUGCAAGGCCAUGUCGGGGAUCUCGUUGAUCUCGGGGGAGUUGGUGUUCGGGCUCGGGGACUCUUGCAAGCGGAUGCUCGUCGUAGAGUCUGGCACCAGCGCCUACGUGAAGCUCAAUCGUUCUGCGGACUCUUAUCCCGCAAUGGGGAGGACACUGACGAACUACAUACGGGGCAGAGAACAGGAAGGGUCGGACAUGAGGCAGGUAAUGCGACAUCGAGGCCAGCACAUCAGCGAGGCCGCGUUAUGGACGCAGUGGACUAACCAGGGCGAAUUUUUCGCAGAGGGCGACUGCACAAUGCUGGUUAUGGACAACGGCGACUUCGCCUCCAUCGUGAGCGCAUACGAAUUCACACGCGUGUUCGCUCUGAAGUAUGCCAGCUGCUUCGUCUCUUGGCUGAACGACAGGGCCCGCGAAUUUUUGCAUUCAGACGUAAUGGAGACUCCGAAGCAUCUGAUCCAGGAUUACUUGCAGGAGAUGGCCGACGACAGCGCGUUCGCCUUCAUCUCACACUUCAAGGAAGAGGCGGGGUCGGACGCGGCGCUCAUAGAGGAAGGAAUGCGCCGGAUCAUCAAGGAGAAUCCCACCCACCCCGCGUUCAACCUCAGAAGGCCGAUCUUCCUCGAUUCCAACGACCUGGAGGAGAUGGCCCAGAUCCCUGUCAUGAUCAGGGGUAGCCACAACGUGGUGCUGCUUCUCACGGACAACGUGCUCACUAGACCUUGGGUGCUGAUCGAGAUCGUGACGGCCUUGCGAGCCAAACUGCCGAUCCAUCUGGUCUCGAUCCAGCGCCCCGGUGUGGACUUCAAGUUCCCCAGCGAGGACGCCAUCAAGCGACUCGCCGCUGGCGUCGGCCUCAGUCCGAGCGCCCAGGCGGUCCUGAGGGCGGAGGGCAUCACCGCCGACGACCUGACGCUCCUGGGCAACGCCUUUCACCGCAUAGCCCUGCCGUUCUCCCCGCACAAGUCCGCCGCGGUCCGCGAGGCGGAGCUGCUGGACAUCAUGAAUCGCUGCGAGAUGAGCGGGACGAACGGCUCCAAGAUACCAUUCCGCCGCCCCGCCAGCAUGGGGCAUCCCGACUUCUCUUCGACGGGAUCGCGGGCGAUCUCCUUCGUGCCCCGAUCGUCGUCGGGAUCACGGCUCACGGGAUCGAUGACGCUCGGCUCUUCGUCGACGUCGAUCGCCGAAGCAGGCUUCGUCGGGCAUGCUGAGAGUCCGAGGGUCGAGUUGUGAGCUCUGCGGUGCCAACGAGCCUUUCAGCAAUCGGAGCGGAGGGGGUUGGGGCUGGGCCACUGCUGGUUCGGGAGGGAUUGGGUGCUCCUUGCUCGAAGGCCAGAAAUGCACAUGCAUAUACCCUUUCAGAGGUACGCGCAGAACUCUUGGGUUUGCACUCUUCCUCACGUUGUCGAUGGGGGUCCAGCGCUCACCGAGGGAAUCCGCGCGGACUUCCGACCGCGGAUCGUUGUACAUAUCUUGCUGGUCUUCUGCUUGCGCUUUUCUUGUAGCGCCCCAGCAGGUCGCCCCAGCUCCGGUUGUGCAUGACGGAGGCGCAUCUCCGUCUUGCGGGAUUUCUGGCAAGAAUUUGGUUUCACCGUGCACCGUGUGUACACGGGCGGUGUAGACGGGCGUCAAGCACGGCCAGCGGGCCGCUGGGCUCAGAAAUCGGCUGCGCUGCGCCUCCCCGCGGGAGGCUGCGCUGCGCCUCCCCGCGUCUGAUGAUUUAUAGCAUGCCAAGGGAGGGGGUGGGAGGGAAGCCGCUCGGCGUGACGUCUCUAGGAAAUGUCUGGGGCGCGCUCAGGUUCUCAAGCUUCUGAACCUGGGGCUGACCCGCGCACUCGCGCGAUAUAGUGCUUACCGUUUCAGUGUGAUGUGCCAUGUUGCUCAAUUCUACUCGCCCACUGCAGAAGCUGACCGUCUCUCUCGAGAGAAGCUUUUCAGUCCUUGGUCACUGCUCCCCGUAGUGUUCUCUCCUGUUCUCUGUUGAAGUCUGCCAAGGAGGUAAUCUCCCUGUUCAGGCGAGGUCGCUGGUAUGCAUGGCGCAGGCUGCUCAGUACAGGUGCGCGUUCUAUACGGAAGCCUUCUUCGAUAUGGGCCAUCUCCUCGACACGGUCGGGGCGUUUGACGAGGCGUUGGUCACUCACGCUUGGGGAAAAUGGUGGUGAAACAGCGCCGUGGUCCAGAUGCGUCGAAAUUUUCAAGACCUCAACGCCCUCCCCAAACUCCCUUUUUGAUAAGCCUCCUCUCCAGAAACGCGUAGACAAGUAUUUGCAGGGCAUUUGUAAUAUUUCAGCUCGUUGUGAACUAGUCAAGCGUCUUAAGUAUUUCCAUCCUCUGCUCUCGGAGCCCCAGCUCGAUUUAACGAUCUCGCACGUGCUCUGUGUGAGCCAGUUUUCGGUGGUCGGCGGGUCCUUGGCGGGUAAACAGAAUACGUGAAACAAUUGGAUAUGGGCUGGACCCCCUGUCCCUGGCGCGGAGCGCACCAGGGGCGGCGCUGAUGGCGCCGCCAGGGGGCCCAUGGCGACCGAAACUCAAAGAAGAACGAACAAUCCCGUCCAAGGAGGCAGCUCGCCGCCACGCAAGCCGUGCCUUGCCGAAGCCGUCUGUCUUCAGUGGCUCACAUGGCGGAUCGCUGGCAUUGGCCGCGACGGCAUGGAGGCCCAGUGAGGUGCAGCUCAGAACAAACUUAAGCCAGAUAGACUUCACGCUCAUCUCUGCAAUGCUGGCUUGCAGGUGACGUCCGCCUGCAGUCAGCCCAGCGAAUUAGAUGCAUUCCUCUGUGUUCGCGCAUAUCCUUCCGCGCACACACCACGCAAGGAUGUGGACAUUAGCUGUUGCCGUCCUAAAAAAAGAAGCCCCAAGAACGCUCCCAGAGGCCUCCC